AUGAUCUGCCUCCGAGCCCCCCCGUCUCUUCCUAUCAUCGGCCAUCUUCACCUUCUCCUAUCUACUACAACCCACAAGUCUCUUCAGAAACUCUCCACCAAGUAUAGACCUCUCCUCCUCAUCCGGAUCUUCAAUGCCCCCAUCAUUCUCGUCUCCUCUGCCUCUGUGGCCUACGAGAUCUUCAAGUCCCACGACGUGAACGUCUCCACUCGCGCUCUUGCUGCCAUCGAUGAGUCGCUCGUGUUUGGAUCUUAUGGCAUCGUCAAUGCUCCCUAUGGAGAUUACUGGAAGUUCAUGAAGAAGCUCAUCGCCACCAAGUUGCUCAGACCACAAUCAGUCGAGAGGUCACUAGGUAUCCGUGCUGAAGAGAUUCAGCGAUUUUGCAGAAGUCUUCUCGAGAAGGCAAGGAAGAAUGAGAGCGUUGAGAUCAGUAAAGAAGCGAUGAAGCUCAUAAACAACACAUUGUGCAGAAUGAGCAUGGGAAGGAGUUUUUCAGAGGAGAACGGUGAGGCGGAGAAGGUUAGGGGCUUGGUGGGAGAAUCAUAUAUUGAGUUUGUAUUAUUAGAUACUUAA